AUGGGUCUUCUAUCAUUGGGAACUCCCCUUAGUUGGUUGGAAUCUCGCAAGUACAAUGAGCAUGUAAAAAGGAAUGGAAUUGAGCAGUUGCUCAAGGUCUUUGCAGCAGCUAGUAGUAGAGACGGUGACCCUUUGGCUUGGGGUGAUGAACUUGAAUACAUGAUGGUUGAAUACGAUUCUCAAGAUGGCAGUGGUAAUGCCAUGCUAGAUGUUAAAAGGGAUGAGAUUCUUACUAGUUUAAACACGGAGUAUUUGCCACUGUGCACUGCUCAUAACGUCCAUUUCCAUCCGGAAUACGGCAGAUAUAUGCUUGAGGCAACACCUCAUAGACCCUAUUAUGGCUAUAGUGGAGAAUAUGUCGAGUUCAACAUGUGUCAGCGGCGACAAGUGGCUCUGGAGAAGUAUCGGGAGAUGGAUAUUAGUAAGGAACUAGGAAUACUCACUUUAGCGGUUUUCCCUCGAAUGGGGUGUGAUGAAUUCGUCAAUUUACCAGCAGAGCUACGUGACCAAAAGAAUAAUGCAUCAAGAUCACUUUUCUUGCCGGAUGAAGUUAUCAACAGGCACAUAAGGUUUCCUACAUUGACAACAAACAUCAAAACCCGUCGUGGUGAGAAAGUCUGCAUAAAUGUUCCGGUGUAUGUGGACUCAAAAACCCCUAUGGUGGACGAUACCGUUUAUGAAAGGGAUUGGUUUGUACCAGAGGAUAAAGAAUCACUUCUUGCCAGUGAACCUCGUCACAUUUACAUGGACGCAAUGGGUUUUGGUAUGGGAUGUUGUUGUCUGCAAGCAACCUUCCAAGCUCCCAAUUUAGAGAUGGCAAGAUAUUUGUACGAUUCGUUAGCUAAUUUGGCUACUGUCAUGCUGGCUGCGUCGGCUGCAUCGCCGAUGUUCAAAGGUUGGUUGGCAGAUCAGGACGUUAGGUGGAAUGUCAUAUCGGGUGCGGUUGAUGACAGAACACCUUUUGAAAGAAGUAAGGAUCCAUUAUUACCUAAGUACAACCCACAGGGGCUAGGUGGUAUUGACCCAAGCGAAUACGAUCAUGUACAAAGAUUACCCAAGAGCCGUUAUAGCACCCAGGAUCUUUACCUUGGUGGUAACAAGUUUUUCUCUCAAUCCUAUAAUGAUACUGAGGUUCCUCUUAAUAGAAACGUUUUGGACAGAUUGAUGGAAAAUGACAUUGCCCCCAUGGAUUACGAUUUGGCCAAACACUUUGCGCACUUGUACGUUAGAGAUCCGCUAGUGAUUUUCGAAGAGUCAUUAGAACAAGAUAACGAUCAUUCUACGAAUCAUUUCGAAAACAUUCAAAGUACUAAUUGGCAAACCCUAAGGUUUAAACCACCAACUCAGGAAGCUGUCCCAGAUAACAAAGAAGCACCUGGCUGGAGAGUUGAAUUUAGAACUUUGGAGGUCCAACUGACAGAUUUCGAAAAUGCCGCGUACACAGCUUUAUGCUACUUGAUUGUGGAGUCGUUACUCACUUUCCAUAAUCACAUCAAUGCGUACAUCCCCAUGUCUGAUGUUUGGUCAAAUAUGACAAGAGCUCACGCGAGAGAUGCCCUGGUGGAAGGAAAGUUCGCCUGGAAGGAUUCGUUUGAGCCUAACGAAACAGGGAGCUCGCUCAAAUCUAUGGAUGAAAUUUUCCACUCACCUAAGUUUGGGAUUUUCCCCGUCUUCGUUGACCCAUUGUUGCGUCACAAAUCUUUUGUAUUAAAGAAUUGGCAGGAAUUGAAGUUUUCCAAUGAACACAAGAGACUUUAUUACUAUUUGAAAUUGUUGUCUGAUAGAGCUAGUGGUAAUUUACCCAGCACGGCAAGGUUCUUACGCCAAUAUGUGCUUGCACAUAGCGAUUAUAAGAAGGACUCUAAGGUAUCGAAGCAGAUUAAUUAUGAUGUUCUAAAGAUGUGUGAUAGAAUAACCCGUUUGGAUGAUUCAAAACAGGAAUUGUCACAAUUCUUUGGUCCAGAAAUAGCAGAGUAUCUAAAGAAUACCAGACCUUCUUCAACUUUAAAAUAG